AAUAAUGCCGUCCCUUGCUCAUUUCUGACAGGCCGCGCCAUGCGGCAGCUCGGCUGCAUCAACCUCCCCGGGGCCAUGGGCUGCUACGGCAAGCUGACCUCCGACUCGACUCAGAUCGGGGGCGGCGAGCGCGGCCUGCACCACGCCGCCAAGGCCAAGCCGGACAUCUGCUCCAGCAACCCCGAGAGCUCGGCCGACUCGCUGCAGCAGCAGCUCCAGCAGCAGCUGCAGGCGGAGGACGGCAACGACGGCCAGGACCAUCAGAUGCGAGCCGCGUCGCCGUUCGAGACGGGCGGCGCCGGCGGCCGGAGCGUGUCCCUGGGCCAGCCCAUGUCCCUGACGGCCUCCAACAGCGGCGCUCCGCAGCCCGGGCUGCCCACCGGGCUGCCACCCCCGCCGGACAGCGCGUCGCUCGCGGGCGUCUCCGUGCCCAUCACCGUCAUGCGGCCGCGCCCGCCCGGACACCACAGGACCAUCCCGUGCGGCGCCGUGGAGGACGCCACCCCUCUGGACACGUUCCCGUCGUACGGCGCGCCAGGCGUCCCCAUGGACGGCACCAUGACGGUCGCGCGUCGCAAGCCAGGUGCGGGUGCCACGGCGGCGGCGCCGGGAGCGGGCGCGCUGCCCGCCAUGCCAGGGGCGCCCGCGCCCGCCGCCUUCAGCACCCUGGACAACCGGUCCCGGUGCGCCGCCAGCCGCCUCCACCCCGGCCACGCUCCUGGACACACGCACACCCUGCCGCAUCCUCCGAGACAGUUCUGAUAAGUGCAGGCCCAGCCUGGGGGCAGCCCACCUCCCCUGCGCAGCCCCGGUGUCGGGGCCGCCGACGGCGAGGGUGACGUCUCCCCCCAGGAGUCCUGGGCCAUUUCCUGCUGAGAGCCUCGAGCUGCCUCGGCAUGGAGCUCCCAUUCAAUGGGGCACAUCUAAGACUCUAGUGCGCUGACCGAGGUGCACCGUGGUGUCAGGGCGCACUCGCCCAGAACAACCCGAGCGAUUCAGGAGUAAGGCCUUCGAUAGCUCUAUAUUUAGCUCCGCUUGUCCUUCAACUGAAUGGUGCUUUCGACGACUGAUUCACAGUUAACUUGUCACCGGAACAGAGGAUUCUGGUUCAUUAUUUAUCGUAUAAAUAUCUAUUAAUAUUUCGGACCCGAAAGUAAUCAACGAAAAUAGAGAGAGCCUUAUAACAUUUCACCGUUGUACAUAUUUAGUUUAAAGUACUUACCGGGAGUAUCUUUGAAGGCGUCCCAGUGUUCUGGGUUGGCCUGCUCCCUUCGCCCGUCCGUAAGGCGCCAUGACCCCUGAGACUCUAGCUAGAAUGCAAUCAAGCAAUCCCACUUGGGGCGCAUUCAAAGAUACACUCGGUUCACUUUGAAGUCACCUAUGCGACUAUGCGCGGGUUGGUUUGUCCCGGUUUGUCCAACAUUUCCCAUAUUGCAAAUUCUAAAUAUAACUGUGGUUUUCCUUAACUCUAUGACUAUAGUUUUAAGAAUAUGUGGAAUAUGUUCACUGCCAGUAAGUUUUAAAAUAAUUUUAAAUGUGAUGAAGUAGAUUUUUUUUAUGGUUUCGGUUGGUAAUUGAAAACACGUGUAUGUUAUUGUAUAUGUUGCUUACAUAUAUACACCGACUUGUCCAAUGAGUGUGCUUCUCAGGCCUCUAUUGCGGGAUAUUGUAACUGCAUCCCUCGCUGAGAACCCAGCGCAACGUCUGCUCCCUUUUGUAAAUCUUGUUUCAAUUAUUAGCCCUAAUUUACAAAAAGAAAAACAACAACCGAAAGUUCACGCAGUAUGUCAUGCCCAAAAGAUCAACAAAACGAACUGAGUCGAGUCUUACAACCGUGUCUUGGUGUCCGAAAGCGCGUCCACAGAAUCGAUCCAUGAAUGUCUGCUGCUGAUGAACCUUACUUAAUAAGCUAUUGUAUUGUAAUGAGUUGUAAACGUUGCAUAAUCUUAGCAACAAUAUCGUCUAGCGCGUAAUUAUCGUACCCCAGUUUUGAUACAAACUGAAAUAAAUGGAAAUGUUCAAUAAAGCUACUGUACAUGA